AUGUUUCAGGUGGUGAUCUCCCGAGCACCGUUUACCCAAGCCGCCUUUGACGAACUUCAUCUUCGAAACAAGGGAGAGAAUGAGGUCAGCGUGUUGCGGAAAAUGAAGGAGAAAUGUUUCUGCUCCAAGAAACGAUGCUGGAGACUACUGUCAGGUUACGUCCCUUUGAUCAAGUUUGUCAGGUACUACAAGUGGAAGGAAUACACGGUUUCGGACAUUUUUGCUGGACUCUCCAUAGGGACCAUUCAUCUACCGCAAGCUCUGGCUUUUGGCUUGCUAGCCUCAGCCAAAGUUGAGAACGGUCUCUUCGCCUCACUCUGGCCUGCUCUGGUCUACAUUAUUUUCGGUACCUCUCCCCAUAUCUCCAUGGGAACCAGUGCGGUGAUUUGCCUGCUUACAGCAUCUGCCAUAGACAAACAAGGACAAGCAUGGGCUGCAAACCAAGAGGAUAUCCAAAUACAGGUCCGGAACGGGACUAUCAUUGACACAAUCCCAGAGUACCUGGACUUCAAAGAACAGAUUGCUAUGGGCCUCUCGUUAAUCGUCGGAAUCAUCCUUGUUGUCAUGGGCGUUCUGCGGCUGGGGUUCAUCACUGCCUACCUUUCUGAUUCCUUCUUCGCGGCGUUUACAUCAGCGGCUGCUGUUCACAUUGGCACUACCCAACUGCCUCCCAUGUUAGGCAUCACAGUUCCACGAUUCCCCGGCGUCUUCAAACUCAUCUACACCUACGAGGCCAUUUUCAAAGUCAUCCAGAAAGCAAAUUUUGCGGCAAUAAUUAUCGCCAUUAUUUGUAUUGCCCUCAUCUGGUUUGUGAAAGACUUUGUCAAUGAACGAUAUAAACAGAAACUAUUCGCGCCAAUUCCCAUAGAACUGUUUAUUGUUAUUUUUGGCACCAUCGCCUCAUACUUUGGCAACUUUCAGAAAAAGUUUGGUGUUCCUGUUGUUGGGAACAUUCCUUUAGGCAUUCCAGUACCGACAGUGCCCACUGUGGGCCUGUCUCUGGCGUCUAAUUACAUCGGGGAUGCAAUCAUUAUGGCCAUUUUAAUCUUCGCCUAUACAAUCGCAAUCGCGAAGAUUUGUGCCAAGAAGCAUAACUACGAAGUUGACGACAGCCAAGAAAUGAUCUCUUACGGGAUUUGCAACUUAGCCACCUCUUUCCUCAGAUGUAUCCCAUCAUGCGUGUCGCCUCCCAGAGCUAUGGUUGCUAGCAGCAUGAACGCUAGGACAACCUUGUGUGGCAUCUUCAGCUGUAUCCUCAUGAUUUUGGUGAUCAUGAUCGUAGCCUCGCUGUUCAAAGAACUGCCCAAAGCUGUGCUGGGCAUUGCAGACUGUUAUAAAUACUGGCGUGUCAAUAAAUUUGAUUGUCUUAUUUGGACAUGCACUUUCUUCUGUACAGUUUUCAUUGACAUUGAUAUGGGUCUCUACAUCGGUGUUGGUGUUUCUGCUCUUACGGUCGUCUUCCAGACCCAGUUCGCUAAAGGCUACAAGCUCGGGUACACCAAAAAGGACACCGCUUUGGUAGAGCAUAAACAAUACAAGGACUCAUCAGAGAUUCCGGGAAUCAAAGUGUUCCGGUUCAAAUCCAACUUAUACUACGCUAAUGCUGAAAUUUUCCGUAACUCCCUUUACCGGAAAACUGUCAACCCCAGGAAGUUGUUGAAAGGAUUGAAGAAAAGAGAGAAGCGACUGCAGAAACUAAACGAGGAGAGAAUGGCACAAGGACUUCCUCCACAGGAGGAUAACAAUUUCAUUAUGACCGGCCAAGGGGAGAAAAGCUCAAAUAACAUCUCCUAUCCUAACUUCACCUUGCUACCUGCAGAUUCUGUGGAAUCUGUGUACCCAAUGUCUAUCCUAAAGUCAAGUCUACAAAAUGGCAGACAUGACUUGCAUUCGUCGCCAGAGUUGACCAGUCUGGACACUGAAACUGACCUCAAGCCAGGCAUGAAUGGGCUUAAGAGGGUGCAGUUGUCUGUCGUAGAGAAACCAUUGUUUACAAUCGACGGAAGUGACAUCAACGUGGCUAACAACGCUUACUUGUCCAGGAUGACCCCUGUCAUGAGAAAACGAGAUGCUGAUAGCUUAAGCAGACUGAAGACCAGUGAGUCUGUCGUGUCUCUGUACUCUAUUGACUUUGACGAUUACGAGGAAGACCCAGAGGACGGGGAGGAGCUGUUCACGGACGAAAAACUCCGACAGAUGCGCAAGAUUCAUCAUGUCAUCGUCGACUGCUCACCCAUCAACUACAUCGAUGCUUCAGGAACUAACGUGCUCACCCACAUCUUCUCCGAAUACAGCCACGUCAGCAUCAAACUCUACCUGGCUGGUUGCUCGGCCGUCAUCAGAAGUACCAUGAGAAAAGCGGGAGUCUUCGACAAGAUCCCAGAGAGCCACUUCUUCCUGGACGUACACGACGCUGUCAGCUACGCCAAACCACAACGACCAGAACCCAUCCGUCCGGAGAACAUGGAGGACUUCACCGAUGCCGAAGCUAUUGAAAACUCUCGAGCUGUGAAUGGAUGA